UUUUGUAUUUUAAUAAUUUUCAAAGUGGAACAAUAAUUUUAUUGAAAAAUUAACAAUAAUCAAUAGUUUUUGUAUUUAGUCGUGUGUGUUUUUAUACUAAAAAAAAAUUGUAUAUUUAAUAUUUAAAAUUUAAUGUGUUUUGUAUAAGAAAUAAGGGAAACGAAAGAUCACCACAACAUAAUUCAUAAACACAAGCAUAAAAAUUAUAAAUUUUUUUUUCAAAAAAUAAACACUCAAGCUAGUUAAGAAAAAAAUUUUUUUAUGAAAGUAAAUAAAAGAAAAGCUUUAUAUCAUCCGAAGUUCAAGUUCAGACUGACCUACAUACAUUAUUUUCACGCUGUAUUUGUUUAUUAGUUUGUCUGGUUACAACAAAUUCGAUAUCAAAACAAUAAAAGUUAGAAAAACGAGGGCCCCAACAUUAAAGCGUUUCUAUGAUUUUUAUAAGCGUUUAAUUUUGUUUUUAAAACCUUGAAAAUUUAAAACAACCUUAUAGAAAAUCUGCUUUUGGAUCAUAAUAAAAAAAUUUUUAUUAAUUUCUUUUGAAGUUUCACACCUCCAAUAAAGCAAAUAAAAAUAUGGCAGUGGUACAAGUUUCUACUGAACCAAAAAGAAUUGGAAGAUGGUAUUUUGGUGGUCUUGCGGGAUCUGGAGCGGUAAUGAUUACCCAUCCCUUAGAUUUGAUCAAAGCCAAUUUACAAACGCAGAAGGAAAAAAUGUCUAUAAUUAAAUUUACCGGCAGAGUUGUAAGAGAACAAGGUGUGUUUUCUUUAUACAGCGGAAUAUCAGCUUCAAUUCUAAGACAAAUGACAUACUCUUUAACUAGAUUUGGAAUGUAUGAAGUUGGAAAAGAAUUUAUCCCAACAGACACAUUUGGUGGAAAAUUAUUAUUAGCUGGUAUAUCUGGAUUAGCUGGCGGAUUUGUAGGUACUCCUGCUGAUAUGGUUAAUGUUAGAAUGCAAAAUGAUGUUAAAUUACCAAAAGAACAAAGAAGAAAUUAUAAACAUGCAUUAGAUGGUUUAAUAAGAGUGCACAGGGAAGAAGGCUUCAAAAGAUUAUUUUCUGGUGCAACUACUGCCACAAUAAGAGGUGUUCUUAUGACAGUUGGACAAAUUGCUUUUUAUGAUCAGACCAAAGAAUUGUUAUUAAGUACAGUUUACUUUGAUGAUAAUUUAACAACACAUUUUACUGCUUCAUUUUGUGCUGGCUCAAUGGCAACCGGUCUUACUCAACCGAUUGAUGUACUUAAAACAAGAGCAAUGAAUGCUAAACCUGGACAAUAUAAUGGUUUAAUGGAUAUUGUUAGACAUACUGCUAAAGAAGGUCCAUUAGCCUUCUUUAAAGGAUUUAUUCCAGCAUUCUUACGUUUAGGACCACAUACAAUAAUAACAUUCAUCUUUUUAGAGCAACUUAGAUUAAAUUUUGGUAUUAUUCAAAAAUAAUUGGUACUUUAUACCAAACUAAAAGAGUAAAAAAUCUGUUUUACAAAUGGUAUAGGCUUAGUAGUAUAUCUUUUUCAUGUUACAAAAUUAAGUGUACCUAUCUAUAAAUUUGGUGCUUCAUCUAUUAAGAUUGAAAUCUAUUAUAAUUGUAUAACAUGGGAAAUAAUUGUCUCACAAAUUUUCUUUUUUUAAAUAAUAUUUUCAAGAGUGUAUCAAAUUUAGUUUUUUUAAAAAACAUGUUACCCGAAAGUUAAAAAAAUUAGAUUAGGCAUUCCACUAAUUGUCCAAUAUAAAAAUAUUCAAUAGUUAAAAGAUUUAGUGUGUACUUCCUAAA